AUGUCGGAAAAACAAAGCCAUGACAGCUCCCAUCAGACUCAAGCCCAUCUUCCAACGGCUGAGCUACCUGUGAGCUACCUGGACCGCCUUCUGCAGAAGGAUCAGUAUGCUCAGCACCAGAGUUCAUCCACAGAGGUUUUUCUCUUUGCUAUGGUGGACUACCUUACUGACCACAUCCUGGAGAAAGUAAGCGCUGAGGUCAGCAACGGCGCUAUCAUCCCACAAGAUGUGGAGGGAGCAGUGGACAACAACCGCGCGCCCCGCCGCCAAUUGAGGGAUUCAGCCUUCACUCUGUUUGGUGAGAUGCCCGGAGCAAGAAGGAGCGGCUGA